UUAACAAAUAGAUGAGUGUCAUUUUAAAAAAAUUUAUUUAUUAAAUCUAUUCCUUAAUUACUCUAAUUCUAUUUCCUACCUAAAUGAAUAAAAAUAAACAUAAAACAUGAAGAUGAUGUUUUUUGAAUACCAUGCUCGGAAGUAUUUCUUUUAUUUAAUCGAUUGUUUAUAUUGAAAAACUUGAGAAAAACAAACAUAGCAACAACUAAACAACUACUAUCUCUAUCUAUCUCUAUAUAUAUAAUGUUAUCAGAAUAUUGUCCAUUUAAUCAUUCAAGUCAUUAUGUUGCUAAUGGAUUUAUAUGGUAUUUCUUUUCAUGGUAUAUGAUUACAUCCAAUAUUAUUGGUAUUAUAUUUAGUAGUUUAUGUUUUUUAGUUUUAUUAAAACAUCCACGUGUAUUUGCCUCAACAACACGCGCAUGGUUUAUUACAUUAACAGCUAGUGAUUUUUUUAUAUUAUUAAUUGCUGCUAAUGAUAUGUAUGCUGAAGUUAUAUUUACUCAUAUGUAUCAUAUUAUAUUAGGUAAUAUAUUUGGACGUUAUACAUGUUUAAUACGAGUGAUAACCAUUGUAUGUUUAUUAUGGACAUCAAAUUUAUUACAAACUGGUUUAUCUAUAGAACGUUUAGCAUCAGUUAUAUCACCAUUAAAAACUCGAAUCAUAUUUACAGGGAGAGUAACACGUUUUACAAUUAGUUUAUUAAUAACAUUUUCAUGUUUAUCUGGUAUAUUCAUAACAAUAGUAUCAUCGAAACCAUCUUCUUCAAAUAUUUUUAUUAUAGCCAAUGAUAAUAUUAAUAAUAAUACUAUUACUAAUUAUACAAUAGAUUAUGAAGCAUUAGUAUCAUGUGAACGAAGAAAUUCCACGGAAUUAUUUGGGAAUACACAUGAAAGUAUUGAUUUAACUAAACUUGUUUAUAAUUUAGAUUUAAUUUUAUUUCGUGUAAUUCCAUUUAUAACAAUGUUAAUUUCAUCAGCUGUAAUAGCUUCAUUAGUACGUCGUCAACGUCGUAAACGUAAUCGUUUAACACGUAUUUCAUCAAUUGUUCAAAAAAGAAAUCGUUCUAUUGGAUAUAAUCGUGAAAGUCGUGCAUCAUUAUUAUUACUUACAAUGAAUAUUAUAACAUUAUUAACUAAUCCAUUAUUUUUAUUAUUUGAAUUAUUUGAUGGUGAAGGUAGUGAAGGUAGAACAGCAGCAAAACUUACUGGUGAUUUAUGUAUAUCAUGGACAUUGAGACAAUUUUUUAAUUCAUUAAUUUAUUUUGGUAAUCAAAAUAAUUGGAUAUUAUAUUUAGCAUUUGGUGCACGUUUUCGUAUUCAUAUUGUAAAUAUGUUAAUGUGUCGAGGUGGUAGACAAAGAAAACAAUGUCCUGAUAAACCUAAAUUGACAAUUUCUGAAAUUCCAUUAGAUGCUAGUACACAUUUAUUAAAUUUAGAUUAUCCAAGAAAUAGUAGUCAAAAUGAUACAUUACAAUUAACUUCAUCAAACAAUAUGUUGCAUUGUAAUUUAGAUGGUGUUUAAAUACAUCUUCAAGAAUCACAAUGCUUUACAACUCUAGCCAUUUAAAGGAUUAAUAAUAUUUAUUCUGAAAUAUUACAAUGAAAAGUCAAUGUUUACUUAAUGUAUCCAAAAACUUCAGGGAACAUUUGUGAAAACUAUAAUUAACUACAUUGAUUAUUUGCAUUCUCAGUAAUGAAAUCUAUCAUAACUUUUCAUUCAUUACAUUGAAUAUACAAUGAUAAACAUUCCAUAACAAGUAAGGGUAAAUAUGUUUAUCUAAUUCUGAUCAAUAAAACGCUUAUUAUAGUAUAUGUGAAUCUUUAGAUCAUAAUCAUAAUAAUAACAGUAAUGAUCUAGUUGACAACAUUACUCUUACAACGGAUUUAAAAUGUUUGUCGACCAUUUCGAUAAAGGUUGUAUAUAUACAUGUAUGUAUUUGGUUUUGUCGUUCUUGUAACAUAACAUUACACUAAAAAUACCUUUUUUCCCAAUUUUAAAUAAAACUAACGCUUUUAGUAAUCAAAAUUAAAUGAUUUUAAUGUGUUAUAUUAAAAGGUUUAUUGUUUGUUUGUUUUCCCCUUUUUCAUGUAACGUCACGUUGUGAAUAAUGAACAAACGAUGCCAUAUAGUCAGAAAGGGGUUUUAUGGAUAUUGUAGUAGUUUAAUAGUUGAAUUCAUGAGUCA